AUAUUUUCCUAUCCAAGCAUACACACGCCAGCACUGAACACACGCCAUGCGAAUGUCGCACAACAAAAAACAGCUGACUUUAUCAGUCAUCAUGCAGUGAAUAAGAAAAUUAAUAGACGCGUAAAAGUACAUUUUUCUAAUUGCAUUCUUUGUGCGUUGUUUUUGUUGAAAACAAAAAAGUUAAUACUAUCGGUUCAAAAACUCAAAGUCGGUAUAUUAGUGUGUAAAAUAACGCAAAAACUUUAUUUGCACAUAAGCGUUGCACGCUAUGGAGCAGGUUGCACAUGUAGAAGCGUGCCGCCUGUGCGCGAAUUUCUAUGUGACCGGUGCUGAGGUCGAAUUUGUGCAUCUCUUCCAACCACUGACCGGACUUGAGGAGCAGUUGCAGUUUGCGCGUACCGAAUUGAACAAUUGGCACUUACAGAUUUCGGGCGAUGAUGGCUUGCCGCAGCGUAUUUGUGCGAAUUGUUUUACACAAUUUUGUAAUAUAUACGCAUUCCGUCAGCAAUGUGUGUUGGCACAACAAAAAUUGUUGCAAUCAUUUGUGGGCGUUGGUCUGAGCGCAGACAAUGCAACUACAGGCGAAGCUAAACAACAACAGACAAACACAAACGCUGAUUUGACAAGCGACAGUGAGCUGCUGAAUGGGUUGAAAAUGGAGGCACCCGUGACCAGCGCAGAAUUAAUGGCCAGUUUAGAUUGUUUACAAACGCCCACCACCAGCGCUGAUGUGAUCGCCAGCUUAGAUGGCAUGCAGUUGCCCGCUAGUGUGGCGGAGACGCUCUCCAUGCUUACCCAGGAACUGACUACAAUGCAAAAUGGCACACUACUGGAUAAUAGCGCCAAUUCCAUAACCACACAUGCUAAUAUGGACACGAAGACGGCACAAACAAAUGUUUUGCAAUUUAAUGCAGCCACAACAACACAAAACAUAUACUAUACACCACAGACGCCAAUCACCACAGUGAGCGCAGACACCAACACGCCAGCGACUUUAGUGACGACCAGUGACAGCACGCCAAAGCGUGCUACAAAAUGCAGCAAAGCCAGUGAUAUUGAUUUGGAGGAAAUGCUACAGGGCAGUAUUAUACAGAAGAACAACAAUACGUCCACAGAUUUGAAGGCUGCAGCGCAAACUGACGACGCAGCAGCACAGCAGCCUUACGCCAAUUAUAAUGAGCUCUUGGAAGAUGAUAUGGACCUUAUCUCAUGCUCCGACCCCGAGGACACACACGAAAUGGACGAACUCGAGGCCGAUGGGGACCCCUUCACACAAACGCGCAUCUCACGCAACCCAUUCGCCUGUCAAUACUGUUACUGCCCGAACUCCGGCUCCAUCGAUCACCUGGUCUUCGACAGCGCCGAUGCGCUCUCGCAGCAUUUCUUCGACGUGCACGACCCCAAUUUGCCCUACACAUGCCCGUAUUGCCCGCAAAAGUACAGCUCCGUCAAGCAGCGCGACUAUCAUGUGCGGCUCAUACACCCGACCGCCGCCAAAUCCGAACACUGCAACUACUGCAAGAAGACGCUACGCUCGCCAAAGGAAUUACACGAGUUCAACUGUCAAUAUGUAAGCAAUUGGCAUUGCGAUACGUGCGAUCAACGUUUUGUGCAAGUGCCCUUGGGUCGUUUUCGCACACAUCAGCGUCACCACGCAGCCAGCAAGUUUAAAUGUCGUGAUUGUGCGCGCGUGUUUGUGCGUCGCGCCAAUUUGGUCGCGCACGAACGUAUACACCGGCCGUCAGUGCAACACGCAAUACAGUGCGAUCAAUGUAAAGAAGUAUUCUCCAACGAUUAUGAGGUGCGCCGCCACAAAUAUCAAGCGCAUGAUGGCGCUUUGCCGGUGCGUUGCGCCUACUGUCACAAGGGUUUUGUCAGCAUGGCCUUUCUCAGUCGGCACACGCAACACUUCCACCCGGAGAAGUUGAACCACACCAAUUUCGCAUCGGCCACCUGCAGCAAUUGCGGCUGCGCCUUCAGCUCGAUACAUAAAUUGCGCCUGCACCUGCAGCGACCGCGUGACGAGAACGGACGCUGCAUUGAGUUGGUGCGUGAAGUCGCGCCGUAUCAGGAGCGCGCACGCCAGCUACGGCGGCCGCGUCUGCACUCCUGCCACCACUGCAAUAAGCGCUUCUCCACACGUGCCACGCUCGAAAAACACAUGACCACACAUGAGGCCGUCACGUAUGGCUGCAAUGAGUGCACGACCACCUUUGCGAAUGCCAACGAGCUAAAGCAGCAUGUCAUGCAGUUGCAUGUGAAGCCGCGCUACCUCAAAUGUGAGCACUGCGACAAGCGCUUCUGCUAUAUGCGCGAAUUGCAACAACACCAGAAAACACACAUCGCCGCGUUUGAGGACAAAACGCUGCACUGCCCCGUCUACAAGUGCGGCUUUGUGGCCUCCUGCACGCAGGAGGCACACGAUCAUGCCAUACUCAAGCACAAGCUCGUAGCCUGCGAGUACUGCGAUGGGCUCUUUGCGCGCAAUCGGCUCUCAGUUCAUCUUCGCACCACGCAUGCCGCCCAAAUUGGUGUAGCUGAAUCGAAUAACAAUAACAAUAAUGAAGCUAGUUUGCGCAGCUCAAUGGCGGCACAAAACGAAGACUCUUUGGCCGUGGCGAGCAUACUCGACUCCAACACACAUAACCAAAGCAAUGAUAACGACAUUAUGGUCUCAUUUGAGGACAGCGCCAACAGUGGCGGCGAGAAGGUGCGCGUUGAGUUGGUGCACCAGCAGACGCCAAGUAUUAGCAGUUUGGUGCUGCAAGAGCAAACGUCCAACACUUUUAAACCACUCAUUCCAACGGCCGAUGAAAUGGAGCAGAACUUUCUAAUGAACAAUUUGCUGGAUCCGGAACAUGAGAUCAUAGUCACAUGAUAGACUGUAGACGAACUGUUACUGUGUAUGUAGUUGCGACAGUUAAUUUGAAAAACAAACAGAAUUUCCGUAAGAAGUAUUGGCAACGAUUUAGAAAAACAAAAACAAAUCGGUGUGACCUUAAAGUGAAUAUCUCAUAGAAUUAUAACUUAAAAUAAUUGGUUUUGACAAUUCGAUAUUAAUUUUACAAAUAUGUUUAGUUAUCCAAAGAAUUUAUUUUAACAGUUGUCAUUUACAGCCAACAAAACAGCUAUUGAAUUAAAAAUAUUAAUGAAUUGCAAAUAAUGCAUUUUAAUUAUGUAAUUUUCGUAAGUUUAGUACUAAAAUUAAAGUAUUUUCAAAUUAUGCUUAAAAAAACUUAUGGAAAAAUUAAGAAAAAACUUGCAACAAGAAAACUACUCGUAACGCAGAAUUCUACUUAGGUAACGCAAUAAAUCACAACUUUAAAGCAAGCAAAUAAAAAAGUUAUAUCAAUUGAAACCAAAAAUUAAUUCAAAAAGUUCAAAAAUGCGUCGCAGCAUGUAACGAAUAAUGCAUACUUAGUUUAAAAAAAGCUGUAAAAAAGUAUUGGCAAAGUUUUUCAAGUAAGACAAAUUCUAAAGACAAAGUAUAUUAAUUAAAAUUAGUAAAUAAUUUGAAAAAAAAUUAUGCUGCAACCAAAAUAUUAAAAUUUUUGAUGUUUUAAACAUAAAAAUGCGUGUUCGAAAACUCGAACUUAAUUCGAAAAUACAUAUUAACCGCAGAAACAUUAAAAUAUAUCGCUAGCAAUUAUGUGAACAAAUUUUUGGGUCUAAGUAAUGCAUAAAAUAAGUUUCGAAUAUGCCAAUAAUGGCUAAUAAGUAACAAAAUAUUUACAUUUAAUAAUUGUAUUUAUUAAAAAAUUGCAUAACUGCAAAAUAUAAGUACACAUGGGCAGCUUUAGACAUAACUCUUUCGCAAUCAGUAAAUAUCUUUGAAAAAUAAAUUAUUUUCGGAAAACCAAAA